AUGGACGUAACGGCUUACAAAGCACCGCGAUGGUUUGAAAAAGAGUCGUCAGUGGUGCGAGAGGUCCCGGAUUCGAUCUCCGGCAAGGCCCAGCCUGUCACCGAUCAUGUGGGAAGAGUAUUUGCAUCUCACUUUGUGGCUUCAAAACAACAGGCAAACGAUCUUUCUUGCACAACAGAGGACCGGGACAAGUUUAAACCGAAGCUGUUGUUGCUGUGCGCGAGAAGUGGAGCACUCCAACACGAUCGAUGGACCUAA